CUCGGUUAGUUAAGCGCGGUUUGUCAGUCAGUAGAGUCGAGUCGAGUCGAGUCGAUACCGUCACCGUCAUCGUUAUUGUUGCUGCUGCCUGUCGUCGGUUGUACCCACAGUCAUGUCCAAGUACACGAAACUGGGCCGCGGGAUCUGCGAUCUGCUGAUCUGGGCCGCGCUCAGUGUGGGCAGCCUGCUGCUGCACAAGUGGGGAAAGCCUUUCAAGCGCGGCUUCUUCUGCGGCGAUGAGUCACUGGCCUAUCCCUACCGCGCCAGCAGCGUCGACCAUCAGCUGGUGCUGGCCAUUGCCUUCGGCGUGCCCACCUCCGUCAUUGUGGUGGUGGAGCUGUUCAAGCAGCUUCCGGGUGGCGGCCUGCGCGAGACCACGGGCAAGCGGGAUGGCUGCCGCCUUGGGCAUCGCCUCGGGCAGCUCUACAAGCAGGUCAUCUUCUAUCUGUUCGGCCUGGCCAUGGUCGCGUUCACCACGAUGCUCUCCAAGGUGUGCAUUGGCCGUCUGCGGCCGCACUUCUACGCCGUGUGCCAGCCGAUGCUGUCGGACGGUAGCACCUGCCAGGACACACAGAACCAGGGACGCUACAUCGACAGCUACACCUGCAGCAACGCCAACAUGACGGACUUUAACUUCCGGCAGCUGAACCAGUCCUUCCCCAGCGGCCACGCCAGCCUCAUCAUGUACGCGAUGCUCUACCUGGCUAUCUACCUGCAGGCGGCGCUGAGCACGCGCGUCUCCAAGCUGCUGAAGCACCUGCUCCAGUUCCUGUUCGUCAUGUUCGGGUGGUACGUCUCGCUGACGCGCAUCACCGACUAUCACCACCACUGGAGUGACGUGCUGGCGGGCGCCUUUAUGGGCGUCCUGAUCGCCUGCCUCACGGCCGUCUAUGUGGCCGAUCUGUUCGCCUUCAAGCGCUGGCCCAAAAACGGCUACUCGGCGAACACUCUGCGCAAGCCACAGGUCUCGCCCAAGAGCUCCACCAAGUCGCAGGCAGCCGCUGCCCCGGCCACAGCCGCCGCCAAUGGUGGACAGCCGCCUGCUCUGCCAGCCUACACCUUCGGCACGCUGCCCUACCUGGCAGCGCAUCCGGCGGCCCAGGCGCAAUACGCCCAAACCUAUCACAACUACGGAUAUGUGCCCUGAGCCAAGGCCGCUGAUCGGAGAGAUCGAAUGGAGCGAAUAGAUCGAAUAGGAACGGGAGGCAGAUGGGCGCUGGCUUCAACUUAGAGAACCUCACACACACACA